AUGCUUUCUUUGCAAUUAUUAUCGUCGGUGCUCUUGCUGGCAGGGUCAGCAUUAGCGGGUCUUGACAAUGAGACGAGUCCUACACAUAUUUUCCGUUCGAGGCCAGAUUUACAUGCGCCGAUGCUCGAGAUGGCCCUGUUAAGGCCGGAGUUGGUUGCGCCUGGAUAUAUCAUGCUCGCGCCAUACCGAAAUGUAGAUCCUGGACCUUAUAUCUAUGACAAUUGGGGACAACUAGUCUGGUCCGGCGCUGGUUCGAGCGGACCCAAGACUGCACAUGCACCGCAUACUUGUAACUACAAAGGAGAGGAACAUCUUUGCUAUUUCCAAGGAGAGCAACAUCAAGGCUUCGCCCGAGGCCAUGGAGUCAUCAUGGAUAAAAACUACCGUAUCGUCAAGACAGUCGAGAGCUCUGGAGCAGGCGCGUCAAGCGAUAUGCACGAAUUCAGAUUGACACCAUAUUCAAAUGGUACAACUGCGCUCAUGACCGUCUAUCAGCCGCGUAUGUACGAUUUGACAACCAAUCCCAAGUUCCAGAUCAAGGAUGGUAUGGGGUGGAUUGUCGAAGGUGUUUUCCAGGAGAUCGAGAUUGAUACUGGCAGAGUGGUCUUUGAGUGGAGGAGUACGGAUCAUCUCGAUCCUAGCUUGACCUACACAUUCCCGGGACGAACAGACACUUCAGGAAACGGAUUGACUGAGAACACUCCUUGGGAUUACUUCCACAUCAACUCUAUCGACAAGAACCGGGACGGUGACUACUUGAUUUCCGCUAGACAUAUGGCUGCGAUCUACAAGCUUUCUGGUGUAGAUGGAUCCAUCAUGUGGGAGAUGGGUGGCGCGAACCCGACUUUCCACCAGACCAAUUUCAACUUCUCAUCUCAGCAUCACGCUCGCUGGGUCAGUGAGAAUGAGACUCACACAAUCAUGACUUUCUACGACAAUGCUAGCAAUGGCUUCAACAGAACAGACAAGUUCUCCCACGGCUACGUUGUUUCAAUCGAUCACAUCGCAAACACCGCGACCAUGAUCAAGGAGUAUGGCGCUCCCGAGCCCUCCGGAGGCAUGCUUUCAGGAUCCCAGGGCAACUUGCAGAUUCUCCCAAACGGCAACGUUCAUCUUGGCUGGGGUGAGCACCCAUACUUCAGCGAGCAUACAGCCGACGGAUCACCCGUCAUGUACGCAAAAGUCGCAUACCGCGCUAGCAAUGUCAUGAUCUACCGCUCAUACAAGUUUCCUUGGGUCGGCCAGCCAUUGACCAAGCCAGCUCUAUGGACAUACUCAAAGACCAACGACGAGAAAUCUGGUAUGGUCUUCUACGUGUCCUGGAAUGGAGCAACCGAAGUGGCGUCCUGGAACUUCUACGCCAGUGCAAACAGAACUGGGCCAUUUAACUUGGUUGGAAACACCAAGAAGACUGGCUUCGAGACUGUGAUGCGCUACAACAAUGUCACGACAUGGGGAUUUGCCGAGGCUUUGGACAAGGACGGAAACGCUCUUGAGCGCAGCGUCAUCCAGAAGACCUUCGUGCCCAGUGUCACACUGCGCGAUCACUGCGAUGAGUGGGCUUGUGGCAGAGCUGAGGCGAUCCGCGAUGAGGAUGCUCACUACGAUCCCUACAGUGAAGUCAAACCUGAAUACCUCAGUAACAACCGCGGAUUCGAUACAAGCGCAUAUUAUGCCGAGCUACCGAAGACCACUGAGCAGGAUGCUGCAGAGGAGAUAGUACAACACCAGCAAGCUGCGAGAUCAAGAAUGCUGGUGGGUGUUCUUUGUGUGACUGCCGGAGUUGGUGUCCUCGUCCUUAUAUUGGUCCUCAUCCGCAAGCAACUGUCAGGUGCUAUGCCUAACUCCUUCGCCAGGAGGGUGUCCGAUGUCAGAGACGCCAUCAGCAUCAGACUGCUCGGCAAAAAGUACGUGCAGGUCGAUGAAGAGGAGAAAUAUUCUGAUCGAUCUUGA